UCUCUGCCCUAAUUUCCAUCAAUUUUUAUCCAAUUUCAGAUCUAGCAACAAAGUAAAAAGGAAUUCAAAUCAGCUGAAUAAGAAAAGAAAACAUGGAUGCUUUGGAUUCAGUUUUCGAUCCGCUGAGAGAUUUCGCCAAGGACAGCGUUCGCCUCGUCAAGCGAUGCCACAAGCCCGAUCGCAAAGAGUUCACGAAGGUUGCUACACGGACGGCGAUCGGGUUCGUGGUGAUGGGGUUUGUGGGUUUCUUCGUUAAGUUGAUAUUCAUUCCCAUCAACAAUAUUAUCGUCGGUGCUACAUGAUCAUUUCGCAGGCUUUCGCUAGUACGAGAAACCAUGAUAGACAAUCAGAAAGGAGAGACAAUUAUCAAAACGAUUAGUUAAUCUUUUUGUUUUAAUUUUGUAGAACAAAUCUUUGCAUUACUCCAAAUGUACUGGCUACUUUUGUUUCAUUUUGUGAACUUCAAUCGUGGUUUUACGUAGAUCUCGUCUAUGUCUAUCGUAUUUCAUUGUUUGAAUAUGGUUUUCGUGUAGACUAAAUGGCGGUUGGGAUUGAGGAAACUGCAACUUAAAGCAAGAUAUUUCAAAUG